GGGGGAGCUGGGUUCGGGUGCUCGUCCCGCCGCGCGGCCUGGGCCUGCCGAAGUUCUGCUCUGAACCCAGGGGACGUGCGCUUGCUCCGUGCACUGCUGCUCAACCAGGUUCUUUGGCAGUGAGCUUCAAGUCAGAGAAACUUUCUUAGAAUAAUUCGUUAAACCACCCAUUUAGGCACUUGUUUUUCCCCCUCCGAGAUCAUACAAUAACAAAGCGAUUGUAACUUGAGACUUUUUAGCUUUCUCUGAGACAGACAGAUGCCUCGGCAAAACUUCAGGAUGACAAAUUCCUCUAUCAGUAUGCAGAGAGAUGCCUUCUCUUGACAAACAAGUUGGCCGACUUUCCUGGGGCCUUCUCGACAUCCUCCCAAGGAACUCGGCAGCUUGUAUGUUCAUGCAGGCAGACAGCAGCAGACCACAUUUGUGUGUUUAUCCCUUACUCUCUUAAUCAAAUAAAGAACACCAUUUGCCUGCGCCUUUUUAUCUGAGGCAGCAUCCAUCUGCAUUACCAAGAGCAAGAUGUAGAGACAAUGUAAAACACAAGCAAGAAAUGUGGAGGGAGAGAACAGGUUUGUUUGUAUACACACAAACAGAUUUCUGCAAAGUAAACAGUUUUAAUCCAUGCCUGCUCCAAAAAAAGGCACUGCAUUAUGGAGCACAGCCAUACUCUUUACGCACCCUGAAGCAUUCAGAGGAGAAGGGCCAGGAGAUGCAAUGUUGCUGUCAGACUUCAGAUGGCACUAAGAUUUUUUUUGCAGGGAGCUGCUUGUGAUGUUGGAGUGCACAGCCUUUCUUUACCUCCUUUCUAGUUCACAGCACAAUUUUCACUGUUAUUUCUUCUCUUUCUGCUGCGUAUGGACAGUAGCUGACGCAAGGAUGCGCAGGCAGAUGGUAUGUGAGAGCCUUCAGAGUGGCCAGGAAGGACAGCCCAUUUACCUAGCAGUGAAGGGGGUAGUGUUCGAUGUCACUUCUGGAAAAGAAUUUUAUGGAAAAGGAGCCCCAUACAAUGCUUUGGUUGGGAAAGAUUCAACAAGAGGAGUUGCAAAGAUGUCUCUGGAUCCAGCAGAUCUUACUCAUGACAUAACAGGACUCACAGAAGAGGAACUAAAGUCACUGGAUGAUAUCUUCAAUAAUGUUUACAAAGCCAAAUAUCCAAUAGUUGGCUAUACUUCUCGAAGAAUUCUGAAUGAGGAUGGCAGCCCCAAUCUAGACUUUAAGCCUGAAGAUCAGCCACAUUUCAACAUUAGAGAUGAAUUUUGAUAAAUAUUUUUGUACCUGGAAAAUGCCUGGGGAGAAGCAUGAUAUAUGUCCUGAAAGGCAAAACACUCUAUAUAUGUAUACACGUUUAUAUUUUCUAAACAGAAGACUGAUGGAUGAUAACUAAUUUUUGUAAUGAAUUCCUGAAAAUAUGAAAGAAAACAGAUCUGUAUUAGUGGUGUAUACGCAAGAUCUUUGCUGUGAACUAUGGGAAUUUUUUUUAUAUUUUUGAAAGUUCUUUCUGCCUGUAUUUGUUUGCAAGUAUAUAAUGUAAAAGUACAUUCCUUAGCAAAGAAAAGAAGUUGAAACACGAAUGGCCUUGUGAAUCCCAAGUUGUUUCUCAUUCUUUGGAAAAGUAAUGCAUUAUCUGGAUGAGCUAAGAUCAGUUCUCUGUCCUUGUGAGUAUAGGCCCCAGGUGUAUAAGCAGGUGUAAGAGAUGCUUAUACUUCAAAAGGCAUCAUGGGUUUAGUACUUGAUAGGUGUGAGAACACUGGAUAUAAAAACACUCACUCUCAAAACAUAGUUACAGUAGAAUAUCUGUGUAAAGCCUACUGGAAAGAUACAUGUUUGCUCUUCAUGAGAACUACUGUGAUACUUUAUUUUCAUUUUUUGAAAAAGGUAUCAAAUAUAUCAUCUAUAUUAGAUUAUUAUGAUUUCCUUUAGCUUCCUCCGCUCUUUCUCUCUCUCAAAAAAAGAGAAAACCAUCACCUACUGUUUACCACAUACUCUUACAGCCCAGGUUUGUUAUAGUAGUUUAGAAUCCUAUGUAUAUUUCUAGCAUCUUCAUAUUUACGAUUUCAAGUCUCAUUUUCAAUUUGUUAGUUUUUCUUUGUUUUUACUCUGGUUUCAUGCAAUGAGAUAAGCAUUCAUGUGUUGUUCUUCCUUUUAAUCUAAUAUAGACCUCCAGAUCCUCUAGGGUAAGAACACAGUAAAGCAAGAGGACAGUAAAAGCGUGUGCUAUACAAAUUGCUGCUAACCACUGACUUCUGCUUACUUAAGUGGAAUGUAAAUGGUCACGCGUGGAUUUUUUCUACCACUGCGACAGGUUGAAUUGUCAUGGAAGAACUGAGCAGCUGCUCCCAGUUCCUCAAAGAUGUUCUGUUCUGUUUCUUUAGCAUUUUGGCUCUUUUUUGAAGGAAAUGUAUUUUGAUGAUUCUCCACUUCAGGAUUUGGAUGUUGUGCUGGGAGAAAGGGUCAGCUGCCUGUUGGUUAAAAAAAAGUAGAAACACUUUCUAUAUAUUUAUUCUUAUUUUCACAGUGCUACUGAUUUUACUCUUGUUUUGUAUGUUAUCAGUACAGCACUUCUUGGGCCCUAGGGGUUCCACGGAGCCCCUUCUGUUUGUUGGUGCUCUGGGGUGAGAUUAGUAAGCUUGCAUUUAUGAAAUAAAUACCGCUGCAGAUGA